GGAGCCCUUUGAGCAGGACGCAGCCAAGAGAAGCUGAAGAAGUGCACAGAGAGAGAGAGAGAGAGAGAGAGUAAGAGUAAGAGCUAGAGAAAGAAGAGAGAAGAGAGGGAGCCACGCUAUUCACCUGCAGCACCAUUCAACAUCAAGCCACCAACAACCAAGACAGACGCACCAUGGCAGGCAUCCACUCGCUGGCGGGACUUGUGCUCCUCAUCCUCGUGCAGAGUAGCUGGCAGGUGCCCGAGCAAGACACAGAGGACAACUCCAGCAUCAUGACAGAGGACUCAUUAUACAAUGAGCCGAUGAAGAGACAUUCAGAAGGCACCUUCUCCAACGACUACAGCAAAUACCUGGAAUCGCGGCGAGCACAAGACUUUGUCCAAUGGCUGAUGAACUCUAAGAGAAGUGGUGGACCAACAAGACGCCACGCCGAGGGCACCUACACCAGCGACGUGAGCUCCUACCUCCAGGACCAGGCGGCCAAGGAGUUUGUGUCCUGGCUGAAGUCAGGCAGGGGCAGACGAGAGUAGGCCAGUAACUACGUACGUUACACCACCCCGACACCUCCACCUCCACCAACAGACAACCAGUAGCCUUUACAGCCAGCCACAGACCACCAGGCGGAGAAGGAGCAGAGGACACACAACACCAACACAACAACCCAGCAUCCUGGCUCCUCACUGCAGCAAGAGAUUUUACACGACCAGUAUUGUCACUGGGAAUUGAUCACCCCAAUAAAUUUGCUGAAUGCAAAGCUCUGACCAUUCCA